AUGGCCCCCUGUCCCCAGCCUGACUCCUGCCCAGCUGGAAGGCCCCUUGGUCUGAUAUAUUUGUCCCUUUUGCUCAUCCCUGCUGCAGCUGAAACCUGUGACUGCACCCUCGGCAUCAGCCGUGAGGCCCUCAUUGCUCUCAUUGUGGUGUUGGCUGCUGUCAGUACCAGCUGCUUCUGUGCCCUCAUUAUUGUGGCGAUUGGCAUAUUUCGGGCCAAGGGUGAAACGUGUCCCAGGGAGAUGGACAACAGGUUGAUGGGGCAAUUCGGGGUCCAGGACGACCGCAUGGACCUGCAGUCAGUGCACAUGGAGUCCCACCUCAUGGACCCUACCCUGGAGGUAGCUAUGAUGCCAACCGUGGAGGACCAUAGCCUUAUGACCAUCCCCAUGGAGACUUGUCUAGAAGAGCCAUCCUUCCCUCCUCCCCCGCUGCCAUAG